GCCAGUGAUAAAUUGUUACGACAUCGUAAUUAUUACCAGUUAAACUUUAGACGAUGGCGCCGAAAGUCGAACAGCUAAACGUCGAGCCAACCUCUCUAGGUGAAGGGCCCCACUGGGAUGACGAGACCCAAAGUCUUUACUACGUCGAUAUCAACAAACACACAAUCAACAAAUACGUGCCCUCGACAAAAAAACACACGAAAGCAGACAUAGGUAAGAAUGUUUCAAUAAUAAUUCCCGUGAAGGGAGAAACCGAUCAGUUCGUUAUCACUUAUGGACGAGAAAUUGCUCUGAUAACGUGGGACGGUGAGAGCGAAAAAGUCGCAAGCCUGAAGAUAUUGUAUGAAGUGGAUGAAAACACAGAGAAUGUUUUUAAUGAUGGAAAGUGUGAUCCCUCUGGAAGACUUUGGACAGGUACUAUGGGAGUCGCACCUACAGACGAUCAAAUUCCUGAAGGGAAAGGCAGUUUUUACAGCUUCAAAAAUGGAAAAGUAACUAAACAUCUAACCGAAAUAGGGAUUUCCAAUGGAAUUGCUAUUGACAUUGCUACAAACAAAUUCUAUUACGUCGAUUCUUAUAGGGGUACACUCGACCAAUACGACUUUGACAUCAAAGAAGGGACCAUAACUAACGAAAAACCAAUUUACACAUUAUUCGAAAAAUUCGACCGAGAAGCGGACUUAAAAGUGCUGGAUGGGAUGACGAUUGAUUCAGAUGGGAAUUUGUGGGUGGCUGUUUUCAAUCAAAGUCGUGUGAUAAAGGUCAAUCCUAGAAAACCAGGAAUUAUAGAGGAUUUUAUCCAAAUUCCGGGUAAACAGGUUACAUCUGCUGCUUUUGGUGGCCCAAAUUUGGACGAAUUAUACGUAACAACUGGAAGAUUCACUGUUAAAGGUGUUACUCCUUCAGCUCCAGAAGAUGGAGGAUUAUACAGAGUGACAGGACUAAAUGUGAGAGGACUGCCAGCAGAGAGAAUAAUUCUCUAAAUAGCAAAAACAGGAUUAAGUUACUCAUAUUAUAAUAAUAUUAAUAUUACAUAUGCAUUAAUUAAAACAAACACGGGCCAGCAUUGGUGGGAAACUAAAUAUUGUUUAUUUUUAUCUAAAUAAUUCAAUUAUAUUAUGUAUAGUAUUAUUAUCUAACGAUAUUAUUUCAAAUAUAAUUAUUAGACCUUUUUAUAUCUGCUUAUAGCUAAAAUUUAGCUGAAUAAUUCAUUUUAUGAAUAAAAAUUAUUGACUACACAAA